AUGACUGAUUUGCCUAACGUGAAUGAUGAAUUUUUAACUUUGGAAGCCCUUGAAGAAGCUGCACAGGCUGCUUCUAAGGCACAAGACAAGGCUUUGCCUUUUCAAGACGAAAUAGUAAUUUGGGAAGGAAAUAAUGGCAGAUCACCUACGUUGUCUUGCAGUGUACAAAAGGCGGAAAUUGGCGAAACAAUUGAGUUGUCCAUUGUUUGGAUUAUCACAAAAACCGAAUAUGUUCAUAAUCAUCCACUACUUCAAGCAGAUGAGAUAGUAAGCCUUCCUCAACAUAGAAACUUGAGCGUGAUUAGAGAAAGCUCUUACAUGAACUAUCAAUCAGAUUAG